AUGGUCUCCUUUCUUGAUCAAUCGUUCUCUCACCUUGCUGUACCUUCAUCACAGGUGUACGACUCCACCAAGAGUGAGGGCCAGAUAGAUCUAAGCAUCUUGGAGUCUGGUCAUUUCCUUGUGUCUCAGUCUGAAGAGCUCUUGGAAGGGUUCUCCCUGAUAAAUGCUGCUGGCUUCAUGAAAGUGCAGAAGAAGGGAGACGUUCUGCUCUUUCAAGCGACCGUGAAGGGAGAGAGUCGUAUCUUCAGGCUGCAGUUUGACGGGGCCAGCAGACCGGAGGCCCUAGAGCGGUGUGAGAGGGCGGUGAUACGGCUGCAGGACUUCCUGCCGGUGGGCAGCCAGGAGAAGCCAGCGCCCCCUACAGGCAGCAGUAGCACACAGCUCCCCCUACAGGCCGAGCAGUCAUGUCCAGCAGACUCCGCUGCAGAAGUCCAGGGGUCUCUCUCCCUCAAGCGUCUCUCUCAGCACUUCCUGGGUGAGGGUCGUCUCUCUCUUCCGCUGGUGUACCGAGACUGCGGCCCUCUGGCCCCCGCCGACCUGGAGCUGCUCAGGCUGUGUCUGAUGGACCCUGCCUUCCCUGCCUACGUGGAGGAGGUGGAGGGAGAGCUGAGGAAGCUGUGUCAGGAGUGAGGCAGUCGUG